AUGGCCCUCCAAACACCCGUGACAGACGCUACUGCCCCGCUGUUCAGCUCAGAACUCAUCUCCCCUGAGGUCCUCAAGGCGCUGCCCGAAGGCUACACCUGCCGGCCUAUCCAGCGCCAGGACUACCACAAUGGCUUCCUGGACGUCUUGAGGGUGUUGACGACGGUCGGCGACGUUUCCGAAGAGGCGUGGAACGAGCGCUACACAUGGAUGGCGACGCGCAACGACUCGUACUUUCUGCUUGCGAUCCUCGACUCGUCGUCGCACAUUGUCGGCACCGGCGCGCUGAUUGUCGAGCGCAAGUUCAUCCAUCAGCUGGGGCUGGUCGGCCACAUUGAGGACAUUGCCGUCGCCAAGGACCAGCAGGGCAAGAAGCUCGGGCUGAGGAUCAUCCAGGCGCUCGACUUUGUCGCUGAGAAGGUCGGCUGCUACAAGACUAUCCUGGAUUGCAGCGAGGCUAAUGAGGGGUUCUACGUCAAGUGUGGGUUCAAGCGCGCUGGGCUGGAGAUGGCGCAUUACUAUGGCCGGUAG